AUGCACCAGGAAAUCGACGCGGCGGUCAACUUUCUGACGCGACUGGUCGCCAAGGCGGUCGACCCGGGCGGGUCAAAGGGCGGCGACAGUAGUGGAGGAGGAGGAGGAGGAGGAGGUGGAGGGGGCGGAAACGGAAGCGGCGGUAGUGGUAGUAGUAAUCACAGCACCUCUAAUCAUCACAACAAUCACCACAGCGGCGGCGGCAGUAAUCACCACCAUGGCCACCACAACAGCCAUCACAACAACAACAGCCACAACAACAGCCACAGCAACAGCCACCACCAGCACAGCAAGGUGGGCGUGAGCGAGGAGAAGAUCAAGGAGUUCAGCAAGCGGCUGACCGCCAUUCUGCAGACCAAGUUUCGCGGCCACUGGUUCCCCGAGGAGCCGAAGAAGGGCCAGGCCUACCGCUGCAUUCGCAUCAAUGAGAACUGCAGCGUCGAUGGGAGCAUCGCACAGGCCUGCGCCGACUGCGCCAUCAGCUACCGCUCGCUGCGGCUCCCGGUCGAGCUGACGCUCUGGAUCGACCCCAAUGAGGUCACCUGUCGAUUCGGCGAACACAAGGGCUCCUACUGUACGGUGGUGAAGCUGAGCGACGGCCGCCAGGAGAACUACGUCAACUCCAUCAACAUCGACGAGCUCGAGCAGCAGUGUCUGGAGCACCAGAAG